GGCCCAGGCAUGUCUCAUGUGUACAUGCAGUCGCACGCAGAAAUCUUCACCACAUAUAACAUUCCUGUGGUCUUCUAUGAUCAGUUAGGCACCGGGAGCACCGCCCUGGUCUUCGCCGCCUCAGUCAUCGCUAAUGCUGCCCCCUCUCUGAAGCUCUGGGAACAGAGCAUGCACCAUUGGCUGAAUAAAUUUCCGGAGGACUUCAGAGAGAUGUUGAAAAGGCACGAGAGGGACGGGACAACCUCAUCAGAGGAGUAUCAGCGAGGGAUGAAGGAGUUCUACAACAAGCACUCCUGCCAAGUGAUCCCUUGGCCGGCAGAGCUUGAUCAGUCUUUCGCGGAUAUGGAUGUAAAUCCGACUGUGUAUACCACAAUGUUCGGAACUUCGGAGUUUAAUCUCACGGGUUCGUUGAUCACCUGGGAUGUUACCGAUCGCCUUGACAGAAUUUCUUGCCCGACGCUCGUUUGCAAUGGUCAUGAGGAGGGGGCGCAGGAUUUCGUGGUUAAGCCCUUCAUCGAGAAGAUACCGAAGGUUAAGUGGGUCAAGUUUAAGAAAAGUCACAUUCCGUUCUACGAAGAUAGAGAGUAUUAUUUUAAGACCAUCGGCAACUUUUUGACAGCAGCCUGAGUCGAACCUAGUUAAUGGUGAACAUGUGAGGUACUCCGUUCCGAGUUCCUAUGUACAUAAUCCACACUGUUACGCUUCAAGCAUGGAUGUAUG